GUCAGCCUUGGAGAGGUCGGUCUGUUUUGAUCCCAAUUUCGUGCAUGGGCUUUAUUUGUAUAGAUUAGGGAGCACUUUCUCAGGUCCCGAAAAGAUUGGAAAUGUCAGGUUUCAUGACUGUAUAUUGUGAGGGUGUGCCAUUGAUCGUAUUUGACCAGUCCUCUAAUGUUGGGCACUUUAUGGAUCCAGAUUUUUACCAUUGUGAUGAUUCUAUGCAGAACCUUUCCUUUACCUGCUUCCGUCAAAGCUUUUAUUGUCACUGCUUUGCAGGAAAGGCAACCAGGUCUGUUUAGCUUAGUGUCGCAUAUAAAGGCCAAGAACUAAUCUUGAACCCAAAUAUUUCAAACCCUGAUGCUGUUCUCUUUUGUGGUGUAUCUCUGGGCCCCACUUUUGAAAGAUGGGCAUCACCUGGGCAGGUGAAAACUUGAACUGAGAGGUCAGAGAGGCAGCCUCCUUAACACAGGUGACUGAGGCUGUGGUAUCUCACUGGGCAGUGGGAGGAGCCAUUGGAGAGGGAUUUGCCAACCCCGUGCUCUCUCAUAUCCCUAGACUUGAGCUUGAAUUACCCACAAACACGGAUGUAGCAUGGCCACCGCCUGACUCUGACAGUAAAGUCGGGGAGUUACCAUGGGUGCCUUCCUACUGUCUGAGCCUCCUAUUCCAUGCACAUUUUGCCAGUCUUCCCAGUGUCAUCCUUCAAAGCAAAAGGACUCAGUUUACAAUUUUAUGUUGCAUUUAUUUGUCCUGUUUCUUAAGUCUUUGAUCUGGAACUGUUUCUCCAGCUUUCCUCGAUUUCCACAACUUUGACACGGGCCAGUUAGUUUGUGAAGCGUAUGAUGUAUUUUAGGUUUGGAUUACAUACCUUUGGCCAUAAUAUUCCAAGCGAUGCUGUUCUCGUCGCAGCCUACUAGCCAUCAUAUGGUUUCCAUCGGGCCCAUCUCUGGUGAUAGUACCUUUGAUUUUUUUUCCUAAUACGGUGUCAGCCAGGUGUCGCUACUGUAAAAUUACUCUUUUCUACUGUAGUAAAUAUUUGGUGGGGAGAUACUUUGAAACUAUGUUAGUAUCCUCUUUCAAUGUAUUCAUUUAUUUACUUCUGCGUAGCCUCUUAGUCUCUUAUUAACUUUUUUAUUUAAAAUAUUCUAAAUGUCCACUAAAAUUUUUUUGGAACAUCUUGCCAUUUGGAACUUCUCUGAAUAAUGGAACCGGGUUCUAGUUGUCUUCCUCUGUGCUAUGAGAACAUCUCUUGGCGAGGAUUGUCAUUGCCGAGGCUUGUCUCUGAAUGUUCACAUCUUACCACAGACGGUUCUUUACAUGGCUGAUUCUGACACCUUCAUUAGCCUGGAAGAGUGUCGAGGCCACAAGAGAGCAAGGAAAAGAACGACCAUGGACACGGCGCUGGCCCUGGAGAGGCUGUUCCCGGAGCAGUGCCACAUCCUGGGGAUCGUGACCCCAGGGAUCAUAGUGACGCCCAUGGGAUCAGGUAGCAGUCGGCCUCAGGAAAUAGAAAUUGGAGAAUCUGGCUUUGCUCUCCUCUUCCCUCAGAUUGAAGGAAUAAAAAUACAGCCCUUCCAUUUCAUUAAGGAUCCAAAGAACCCAACACUAGAAAGACGUCGCCUCACCGAAGCGGGCCUCCUAGACAACCCCGAGCUCCGAGUGGUCCUGGUGUUCGGCUACAACUGCUGCCGGGUGGGGGCCAGCGACUACCUGCAGCGAGUCAUCGGCACUUUCAGCGACCUGAACGUCAUCGUGGCUGGCGGCCAGGUGGACAACCUGGCCUCGCUGACCUCCGAAAAGCACCCUCUCGACAUCGACGCCACUGGGGUGGCCGGGCUGUCGUUCAGCGGCCCGCGGGUCCAGAGCGCCACCGUGCUCCUCAACGAGGACGUCAGCGACGAGAAGACGGCCGAGGCGGCCAUGCAGCGCCUCAAAGCGGCCGGCAUCCCCGAGCGCAACACCGUGGGCUUCAUGUUCGCCUGCGUGGGCAGGGGCUCCCAGUACUACAGAGCCAAGGGGAACGUGGAGGCCGACGCGUUCAGGAAGUUCUUCCCGGGGGUGCCUUUGUUUGGCUUCUUUGGGAACGGAGAAAUUGGAUGCGAUCGCAUCGUCACUGGGAACUUCGUCUUGAAGAAGUGUAACGAGGUAAAGGACGACGACUUGUUUCACAGCUACACAACAGUGAUGGCGCUGAUUCACCUCGGGUCGCCCAAGUAGAGCUGCCGGGGGAGGGGCUUCCACAGCACAGGACUCUGGGGUUCUGCCUUCCCAGGAAACGGAGACUUGGGGUGUGUGCAUUUCAAACAAAAAUAGCUUUACACGUAUUUGUUUUGUAGCUUUGAUGCUCUAAAGAUUUCUUUGGGGUAGUUUUAACAUAAUAGAAGGACAACCCCGUGUGUGACUUCAUACAGAACGAGGGCUGGGAGCUUUCGCAGGAGGCGCAAGCAAACCGAUCAUGGCUGUCGCACCAGGUUCUGCAGCUGCUGUGCGCGUGAUUUUAACCCGCCUCCCGCAGAGGAGGGCGGACGGGGGGUUUGUAGAAGGAUGGUGACUGCAGGCAUUCCGUGACUACCUCAGCAUUGUUAGGUGAGCUUUUAGCAGAAUCAUGAAGACACUUUCCUCCCUUCGUAAAGGAGGAAAAUAUUCAGAUGGCUCGAGAAAUCUUUCUCCGCUUUACAAUGUUACCAAUUUUUUCACAAGCUGUAAUGAAAUUAUUACUGACUUUUUACUUAUUUGAUAAAUACUGAAGACCUAUUUUUGUUUUGGUUCUCUACAGUUGCUUAGUGAAAUAAAUUGCCAAGACUAAUAAGCGGUGUUUUAGUCUUCUAUAAGGAAAACAAUUUUCCUUUUCCCUCCGACCGUGUUAUGAGACAGGAAUGAACACCGGUCUUGUCUAAGCCACUUUCGCCUGGGCCUUAGUCGCAGGACAACCGGUGCUAGCAUUUGCUCCCUAGCCCGAUGCGAUGCAGCUACUGCGAGACACCUCUGGUGUAGUUCUCGGUGGUUCUCACAGGAAGGUAGAAAACUUGUAAGGUAAGUGACAUCAAAUGUGCUGACAUUCCUGCUUUUCUAUUUUUAAGCACUCUUCUCCCCAUUUUUGCCUGGAAAGAUUUUUCUCUUCCUGUUUAUGCACAUGAUAAAAAUGCUUCAAAGUUUCCCUUGUCUUAUAGUUCCCCUCGAUCUUAGUUCCUGAAGAAAGUCCAAAAACGGUCCGAUGGUCACAGAAUGUUUAGUCUGUGCACAGUAGUAUGCAGGCAUUUCUAUGUUGCUAUUAACUUUUUAUUAUGUAACACUGGUACCAUUGUCAAGUAGAUGAUGCCUCAGAAUUUGAGUUCUUGGCUGUGCUUACGUAGCACAGAAGGAAAACACAUUGUAAAUUUUUUGGUUCUGUGAUGUUAACCAAAGUUGGUUAAAUUGUAGAAGAAAAAUGAAUUUUAAAAAUGAAAAU